AUGUUUUGGAGAGAAGAAUGGGAUAUAAAAAAAGCAUCUCAAAUUUACGAGGUUCCUCAAUCAACGCUUGAAGAUAGAGUUAAAAAGGCGAAGACUGAAUCUUUAGAGCCCGAGGAAGCUGCUCGAAAAUCUUCGGGCCGUAAUAAGACUGUCUUUUCAGAGGCUCAGGAAGCAGAGCUAGUGACUCACAUAGUUGCUAUGGAAGAAAGGUUCUUUGGUCUUACGUUGACAGACAUUCGGGAACUUGCAUUUCAAUUAGCAGAGCUGAAUAACCUAUCUCAUUCCUUUAACAAAGAAAAGAAGAAAGCAGGAAAAGAUUGGCUCUACGGCUUUCUUGUAAGGCAUCCCGAAUUAUCUUUGAGAAAUCCUGAAAAAACGUCCCUUGCACGGGCGAAAGGCUUCAACCGCACUGUUGUACAAUCGUUUUGUGACCUUCUGGAAUCUAUUUACACGAAAUACGAAAUAUUGCCAACUCAUAUAUACAACGUCGAUGAAACUGGCAUAUCCACAGUGCCAAACAAACCGUCCCGAGUGAUAGCCUUGCGUGGAAAAAAGCAAGUUGGUGCCUUAUCUUCAGGGGAAAGAGGCGCCCUUGUGACUGCUGAGAUCUGCAUGAAUGCAGUUGGCAACUUCAUGCCGACCAUGUUUGUUUUCCCGCGAAAAAGGGAAAACCCUAUGCUUUUGGAUGACGGACCGCCUGGAUCAUUUGCCGUGUACCAUGAAAGUGGAUGGAUCCAAAAGGAAACUUUCGUCAUCUGGUUUAAGAGAUUCAUUGAGUUUGCUCGUUCUACAGCUGAAAAACCAGUGCUUUUAAUUCUACCAGGUGUAUACAUAUGA